AUGACGUCUAAUUGUAAGGACAGGGUUUGUGAGUUAACUCAACCUCAGGAAAGGGUUCUUAAACAAGUUUGGACUUAUUUGUUCCAUUUUUGGCAAAUACCAGUUAAUGGUGAAGCAGCUUUUAAGAAAUCAAGUGUAAGUGCAGCAGAUACUUCGGAAAAGAAGAAGAAGAAGACUUCGUUCUUUGGUAAACUGCAAUCCACUUAUUCUGGUGGUCAACAGGACGAUGCUGAAGAUGAAGAUACUGAGAAUAAGGAAUCGGAGUACGUAUUGAACCAAAUUCAUCAUACUUUGAAAGAUUUAGAUCCAGCUACUACCAGGGACCAUUUUUGGGAUAUGCUGAGAGUGGAAACCCCAGAUACAGUGUUGUUGAAAUUUGUUAGAGCUAGAAAAUGGAAGAUCGAUAAGACUAUGUCGAUGAUCGCUCAUUCUAUGAUUUGGAGGGAGGAGUCUCAAGUGGAUGCGAUCAUCAAUGGGGGUGAAGUGGGAUUUUAUGAAAAUGGUGAAGAAGGAGUUAUCAAGAACUUGGAACUGCAAAAGGCAUUCAUAACUGGCCACGACAAAGAGGGAAGACCGAUCCUUCUUGCCAGGCCCAGACUGCAUUACGCUCAUGAUCAGUCAGAGGCCGAUAUUGAAAAGUACUGUCUGUUAAUCAUUGAGCAGGCAAAAUUAUUCUUCAAGAGUCCAGUAGAGACGGCUACUAUCCUGUUUGAUCUGAGUGGUUUCUCAAUGUCCAAUAUGGAUUAUGGUCCAGUCAAGUUUUUAAUCACUUGCUUCGAAGCUCAUUAUCCUGAGAAUUUGGGACAUAUGUUCAUUCAUAAGGCGCCCUGGAUUUUCUCGCCAAUAUGGAACAUCGUCAAGAAUUGGCUAGAUCCUGUUGUUUCCUCUAAAAUCAACUUUACCAAGAGCAUUAAGGACCUGACUGAAUAUAUAGAUCUGGAUCAACUACCGGAAUACUUGGGAGGUGAAAAUACUGUUGAUCUGGACUCAUUCGUUAAGCCUGAUGGAUCACACGACAUCAAAUUGAAAGAUGUUGAUACCAAGGCAAAAAUAGUUGCUGAAAGGGAAGAAUUGGUUAAAAAGUUUGUCCACGCUACGGUGAAAUGGAUUGAAUCCGAAACUGAAGAAGAAUCAUCCAAAUUUCUUCAGGAAAAAGCUUCACUGGGUAACCAACUCACUGAAAAUUAUUCAGCAUUGGAUCCAUACGUUAGGUCAAGGUCAAUUUAUGACAUUGAUGGCACACUAAAAGUGUAA